AAUGUCAACCAAACCUUCUCCAUCCAAACGACGCUGUUCAGAUAAAAUGGAAACUCCGGUCCCUGGGGCAGAGAAUGAAGAGCUAGGAAGUCCUGUUGCACAACAUCCUCCAAGUCAACCUGUUGCAUUAAUUGGGGUUCAGGAAGAACAAAGUGUGAAUCAGAAUGCACACCCAGUAUCCUCUGUGAAGAAUCGAAUGCAAGCGUUGGCUGAACAACGACGCCAAUGGGACUGUUAUGGUAAUGAUAUUGAUUCGCUUGCAUCGCCUGCACACUCGUGGAAGCCGGCUUCCUCGCCACCUCCACAGACAGUGAGCACUGUCGAGUCUAAAACUCCAGCUGGAAGGAGAGGACGCUUCGCAAACCUUGCUGCGGCAAUUAGCUCCUGGGACGAUGACUUGAGCCACCCGAAUAAAAAGCAAAACAAACCGCCAGGACAGCCUGGCACUGCUUGUUUACCAGUAGCUUCCACAACAAACAGAGCUGCAACUACUGACGACAGUAGCAGUGUUAAAUUGCAAGAUAUAACGAGUCCUCAAAGCCCUGUAGAAAACACUGUUAGUAAAGCUACCGUUACAGUAUCGCAGGAACCCGUUAAUUUGCCCAAAGUAUUCAGUCCAAAGACAACUGAAGAGCCCAAGUCACCAGUACCUGAAAAGACACUUGCCCAGGAAAAAGUCCAGCUUAGUCCAAAGAAAAUUGAAGCCAAAUCAUUAUCAGUGAAAGGGGCAAGUAUUCAGCAUCAGACCGAGUCUAAAGAUCGACAAACCAAAGUGUCAAUAACCCAGGUUCAAUCAGGAGACAUUAUAACUACUCCAGGUGGUACAGGGGUCAAGUCUUUUCUGGAACGUUUUGGUGAGCGUUGCCAACAACACGUAUCAAACUCUGCUCCAUCCACGCCUGGACAGAGAUCUCUCAAUGUUACACCCAACACACAAGCAAUCCAGGAUCGACUUUUUAAACAGCAGGAACCUUCUACAACAGCAAACUUAACUCAGCAACGUAAACAGGAACGUGAAAAAGAACUGGCUAAUAUUCGCAAUCGUUUUCAGAGGGGUAACUUGUGGAUUGCUGAUAAGGAAAAAGAAAAUUGCUUCUCCAAGUUAUCAGAGGAUUGCAGUGAUUCUCUCCCUAGAACCUCUGAGCAAAGGAGUCCAAAAGUUCACAGAUCCCAGAUGAGUGCUGCACAGCACCCACCUCGGUCAACAUUGCAACCAAAUCCAAAAUUGCCAUUGAAAUGUGCAUUAGCAGAGGCACUUGAACCAUCAUCUAUAAAAAUAUCUAGCUCCGCCAAAGCAGUUGCUUCUGGUGGACAAAGCUUGGAGGUUUCAAAUAGCCCUAUCAGAUUAAGUCCUUUCAAAAAGGUUACCUUUGUCUCUGAACGACUGAAUGUCACUGAGAAUGCGACAAGGAAUGAAGAAAAGGGUGAUGAUGAAAGAAAUAAUGAUAAAGAUGAAGCAAUAUGUGUAGUUGAGAUGAGUGUUGACAAUGAUGAAGAAAUUAACAGUUCGGAAGUCAUUAAUGAAUUAUUUGAUGGUGUACUGGAAGAAGAAGAAUAUGGAGAUGAGGAGGAAUUGGAUGAAAGAAGGGACUGCAAAAAGGAAACUGAAAGUGAAAUGGAGAAAAAUGAUGAACUGAACAUAUCCUCAAUGUCGCUACUUGCUCCAUUGGUAGAAACAGUUGAUGCUGUCACAAACCCAGAGAAAUCUGUUUCUACAAAUACUGCAAUGAGUCCUGCAACACAGGAGAACAUAACUUCAGACAAAAUGAAGAUGGACAAAUUACAACAAAAACACAUAACCAGAGCAGAGUCUUCUGGCAGUGUGGGGUCCUCAACAGGUGGCCAUAGCUUAUUAUACAGUAUUGAUGCCUACAGGUCUCAAAGACUUAAUACCGAACGCCCUUCAGCAAAACAAGUCAUUGUUCGUAAAGAGGAUGUUUCUCAAAGACUUGAGGAAAAGAAUAGUGCAACUCUAGGUUCAGUUACCGUUAAACAGAGGAUGAAGAAUCUGAAUAAUGAGAUAAAUAUCCAGCAAAGUGUUAUCCACCAGGCAAGUCAGGCUUUAAAUUGUUGUACAGAUGAAGAUCAUGGGAAAGGAUCUCAGCAAGAAGCUGAGGCUGAAAGGUUGCUGCUGAUUGCCAGCGAAAAGAGGUUGGCACUUCUCACUGAACUGAAUAAACUGAAGAGUGAGGGAGUGCCUGCAAGUAAAAGAGGAGACCACAUGGAGAAAGCAGCUAGCGAAUAUGCUCCGUCAAGGGGCUGUGUUGCACUUUCAGAAAUCCGCCUUCCUUUGAAGGCUGAUUUCAUCUGCUCAACAGCUCACAAAAUGGAUGCUACCAGCUAUUAUUUCUUUAUACUGAUUAAAGCAGGAGCAUUAAAUAUGGUGGCCACGCCACUGGCCUCCACCCAGAUUGCACUAAGUGGAGAUGCUAUUAGUUUCCCCACAAAAUUUACACUGCAGGAUGUCUCGAAUGAUUUUGAAAUUGAAAUAGAAGUUUAUAGUUUGACACAAAGCCGAGACAGCAGUACUACAGACAAGAAGAAGAAACCUAAUAAAUCGAAGGCCAUUACUCCAAAGAGGUUGUUGACUUCGAUCACUAAAAGCAACUUGCAUACACCAGCUUUGACAAGUCCUGGAGGUCCCAAUGCAGUGCGCACCAGUAAUUUCAUCUUGGUUGGAUCUCGCAGGUUCACACUGUCUUCAGUAGGAAACACGAAAUUCCAACUAGAUAAGGUUCUUUUCUCAUCUCCUCUUGAAGGUCAUAUUUAUGUGAAAGUGCAGUGCCAGGUUGGUUCCAUGAUUGAGGAACGUGGUUUUUUGACCAUGUUUGAUGAUGUGAGUGGUUUUGGAGCUUGGCAUCGACGCUGGUGUGUCUUAUCAGGGAACUGCAUCUCAUAUUGGACUUAUCCAGAUGAUGAGAAAUGCAAGAACCCACUUGGCCGUUUGAACCUGGCUAAUUGCACAAGCAGGAAAAUUGAACCGGCUAAUCGUGAAUUCUGUGCUCGCCCCCACACAUUGGAACUUGUCACUGUUAGACCUCAACGAGAAGAUGACAGAGAGACUCUUGUCAGUCAGUGCAAGAAUACUCUUUGUGUCACCAAGAACUGGUUAUCAGCUGAUACCAAGGAUGAACGCAACCUCUGGAUGCAGAAGCUGAAUCAGGUUCUCGUUGAUCUGCGAACUUGGCAACCAGAUGCUUGCUACAGACCUCACAUCCUUAUGAAGGAGAUUGAACACCAUUAUUAGCCAGUUUUAUUUUCCACUGAGGUCGUUCAGAGACUGAAACAUUAUGAGCAUUGAACAAGUGCAAAUACUUGUGGCAUUUUGUACAUUUAAAUAUUUCUGAACAGCCAAUACACUGGCAAUAACCAUUGUACAGUGAUGCCUGAAGAAAACAUCUUUUUAAAAACAGAAAAGAUGGUCUUUGGUCAAACAUUAACAUUAUUAGAGAAGGUAGAGCUUUGGAAGACUAUAAUAAUAUUGUGUAACAUUUUAUACAAUAGCUAUUGCCUUGAGCUUAUUGAGUUACAGAUGUCCUUUUGCAGUUAAAAUGAUGACACCGAGCUAAGAGCUCAGUACCUGAUCAUGUGUAAGAAUGGUUGUAACCUUCAUGGCUGGGAUUUUAUUUGAUAAAGGUCGCUUUGAAGUAAUUUAAGCAACUGCAAAUAGUAACUACUUGCAAAUAAGAGGAACUGUUGUUAUAAGCCAUAUUGAUUUUUUAAAAAAAUGUUAAUUGUGUUGUCCUUCAGCCAUGAGGAAGAGCCACUGGGUCCAGAAUGAUGACAAAGGUACAAUUGUAUUUCUCCAUAUGAGUUAGCACUUUUAAAAAGUAUUUGACAGAUCUCAAUCCUUCAAAGGAAUCAGUUUCCAUCCAAUGUCUCGCCAACAAUUCACAAAGUUUGCACAUUAGUGCAAUUGACUGAGAAGUGAAUAUGAUUGUACUGAGCCCUCAAGAGUUCUGCAUGUUAUGUAGGCUGUUUGGCUGUUUACACCAUGAUUCUUAAGUUUGUUGGCCUUAGCUCAUGGACUACUUCCAGAAAAUGUCAAUUUGAAAUAUCUGAAUCCUUGUUUCUAUAGUUUGAAAUACUGGAAUUUUUGAGGUACCAGAACACACUGCAAUAACUUUAUACGUAUAUUUUAAAUUAUGCUGCUAUUAUAUUACCUGCUCAUUAUUUGCAGGCUGUCACAUUUUACUUCAGCAAAUAGCAUUUUAAUAUUUACACCGAAUUUAUAUGCACCCUUUUGAGAGAGAUAUUAAGCUCUUUUUUUUGUGUGAACAUCAUUGUGAAUAAUUUAAUAAUCAUACUUGAUAUUUUCAGGGCUAACUUUUCGUUCCAGUGCGCAUUAAGCUAGCCUUUACUACAGUAAUAUGUUCACUCCAGUUAUAAGAAUUUAAAGAUGGAAUUUUUUGAUUAUGCUGAUACUGGUAUGCAAUGAUUUUGAACAUGAGCUGUUGAUGCCAUCAUAAAACACAUUGGAAAACAUUUACAUCAUAGUUAUUGUCCCAGCUAUAGUUUAUACUAUUAUUAAAUGUAUGUCAAAUAAGUACUGUAAUAUCACACUAACAAACUUGUAAAGUAUUAAAUCCAAAGUUAUGCUAUUUUUAUUUCCAUUAAUAUUUCCAGCUUUGUUCAUUUUCUAUCCUCUCAUGUCUAUCUCUUAAUCAGGCAAUGUUAUCUCGUUCCAUUCUGUAAUGUUUUAUUGUAUUAUUACACGGCCAUCUUUUGCACAUUGUUUAAAAAUAAACUGCUUCAAA